AUGUCUGCUCCGAGCGAGAAGAGUGUCACAAAGGAUGCGACGGAGUCGAGCUUGAGGCAGACGGCCUCCGGGUCCGUUAUCCAGGGAGAUGCAAGUUCCGUCGGCGACUCGGUCCUCCGUGAUUUUUACACGGGCGCCGUGAACGAGAACUAUCGUCUCAAGUCGGAGCUAAUCGCGAAGCACUUGGGCGAGAUUGGCAUGGGAAAAUUCCAAUGGAUCCUCUUCGUCGUCAACGGCUUCGGCUGGAUUGUCGACAACUUUUGGUCCCAGGGGAUCACAGCGAUCCGGCCACCGAUCGGCAACGAGUUCACCGACAUUGCGAAAUUGAGCUUCAGCUCCGUAGCGUACUACGUCGGGCUGAUCGUCGGCGCCUCCUUUUGGGGCACCACCGCCGAUCUCAUCGGUCGCAAGCCCGCCUUUAACGCCACGAUCCUCUACGGCGGCGUCUUUGCGUGCGCCGUGGCCGGCGUUCAAAACUUUACGGGUUUCUGCAUCAUCUGGGCCAUUAUCGGUACGGCGGCGGGCGGUAACGUACCCGUGGACAGCGUCGUGUUUCUGGAGUUUGUUCCCCAGACCCAUCAGUGGCUGCUCGUAAGCUUGUCUGGAUGGUGGAAUUUGGGACAGGUCAUCGUGUCGCUCCUGGCGUGGGUUUUCUUGGCCAACUUUGCCUGCGACUCUACGGAAGCUCCUUGCCGCAUGCAAGAUAACAUGGGCUGGCGUUACCUUAUGAUCACUCUCGGUGGUAUCGCCAUUGCCUUUGGUCUGAUCCGCAUCGUGGCCUUCAAGAUUCCCGAAUCGCCCAAAUUCCUCAUCUCCAAGGGUCGCGAUGCCGAGGCCGUCGAAGCCGUAAAUUACAUUGCGCGCUACAACAAGCGACCGGAAACCCUCACCCUCGAAAUGCUGCAAGCCAUCGACAGACAAUGCGCCGGUAUUUCAGAGUCAGACGCAGGCAGCGUUGCCCCCGCCGCCGCGGCGGUCGACCCCGACAUGGCGCCUCGAGGCUCCAAGCUAUCCCACAUGGAGAUCCUCAAGGAAAGCUUCAGGGACUACAACGCCGACAACUACAAGAAACUGUUUGCCGGCCGGAAGAUGGCGCAGCACACGUCCGUCACGUUCCUCAUCUGGCUGACCGUCGGUGUGGCGUACCCGCUCUACUUCGCCUUCAUCCCGUCAUACCUCGCGACCAAGUCUACGUACUCUGCAAAUACCUCGCUGAACCACACCUACAUGAUUUACUGCAUUGUUUCUGCGGCCGGUGUUCUUGGACCCAUCGCGGCCGGCUUCUGCGUUGAGACACGCUUUGGCCGCCGCUGGAUGAUGGCUGCAUCUGCGGUCUUGACAGGAGUUUUCUUGUUCGCUUACACGGCAGUGGGCACGGAAGCGGCUGAUAUCGGAUUCCAAUGCGCAACCGGAAUUCUUGGAAACUUUGAGUACGCCGUCAUGUAUGCCUUCACGCCCGAGUCUUUCCCUGGCCCAGUUCGCGGAACAGGCACUGGCAUUGCCGCUACUCUUCUUCGCGUCGGUGGCCUUGCGGCUUCGUUUGUGUCGACGUAUGCGGGAUACACUGUUGUGCCUAUCUAUGCCAGUGCUGCUUUAUGGAUUGUGGUGGGCUUGUUUUGCAUCGGAUUGCCUUACGAGACCCACGGGCACGCUUCUCUCUAG